UGUAGUGGGGCUCAGCUGUGCGGUCUCUCACUACGGGGACUAGCAGCCCAUUCAUCCAGUCAACGUCCGAAAUGCCGCCAGAUCCCUGUCAAAACCACGUGACGGCGGUUUAUGGGGGCCAUUGAGCAUUGCAGAACACAAAUCAGCCAGAAGGAAAUCCAAGGUGCAUGGUACCAGCGGUCCUCUAUUUAGGACGUGACUGCUCAGAUCUUCUAGCUCCUCGACAAAAAUGAAUGCGGAUGACUCCUCCCCGCACCAGCGACAACGGUUUGGAUCUACCAGGUCGCGCAAGGGCUGCAUUACGUGUCGGAUCCGUCGCGUCAAAUGUGAUGAACGCAAGCCGGCUUGUCUUCGAUGUACAAGUACGAACCGGAAAUGUGAUGGUUAUAUGCCCAUGCCUUAUUCGAUACGCAUCGCAAAGCAGUUGGCACAAGUAACUGCGUUUGUCAGUCCGGCUGAGUCCCGAGCCCUCGAGUUCUUCUUUCGCAAGUCUGCAGCGCAUCUAGCUGGUUACUUUACUGCUUCGUUCUGGACCCGCACGGUUUUACAGCUCAGCCUGACCGAACCUACGAUCCGCCAAGCUAUUGCUGCGAUUGGGUUUCUGUAUGAAGCAGAGGGGAUGUCUACAACUCCGGCAAUGGCAUACCGUUGGCAAUCUUCCAAGCCCGACUUGGCACUACAUCUCUAUAACCGGGCCAUUCGCACUACCAUUGAUAAGGUUUCAUCAGGCAUAGACGCGGUGCCUCUAGUAAUAGCAGCCAGCAUUUUGUUCGCGUCCCUCGAGUUUCUCCGAGGAAAUGCUACUGGGGUUACAUCGCAUAUCGCAAGCGGGCUGAAUCUGGUGCGGUCCUGGCGGGCGCAUCGAGAGCGAUCCUGCUGCACCAAGAGUUCUCAGACACAUUGGGUGGAUGCUGAAUUGGCCCCUAUAUUGAACUUCUUUUCUUUGAAUACGUACGAAAUGUCGGCACUCAAACACCUCGUCAGUGCGCCACAAGAAAAAGUACUUGUCAACCCCGUGGAUGCUGAAGGCAAGCUCUUAUUGAACUGGCGGUUCCGAACAUUCCAUCAGGCACGCAUCGCCCUCCUCGACUUGAUGCUUUACUACAUCGGAAAAUUCCCCAACCGACAAGAGUUGGCCAGACUGACGAACCUCCCGCACUCACCCGUGCAGCAAUGGGCCGAAACCUUUGAGCAUGCCACCCAGCGAUGGGUGGCAAGCUUUGAAUUGCUAGUGCAACGGAAGCAGUUGGAAUGCGGGCCGGCCAUACAAAAUGAGAUUGAUGCUACUCGCAUGUUAUGGUAUUGUUACCGUCUAGGACGUGAUCGGUAUCGUGUGGCAAAUGAAUCCGGCUGGGAUGACUUCCGCGCUGUCUACGAGGAUAUUCUCUCAAUUGCUGAACGUCUGCUUAGUGACUCAGACCACUACCCGGAUGAUGUCUCCAAAACGAUAAAUCUGGACGUACAGCUGUUGUAUCCGUUGCAGGCCGUCGCCUGGAAGUGCCGCUGGCCGGACCUUCGCCGUCGGGCCCUGGAUCUGCUACAACGGAUACCGAAGCAAGAACUGAUCUUUUAUACCCCGAACUAUCACGCCGUCUGCACACGGAUCAUGUCGCUUGAGGAGGGUACAAUGUACAAAGAGAUGCUUCCCCCAGAUCACGCCCGCAUCUACAGUUUCGUUAUUAGCCCUACUCCGGCAACGGCGGCUGACCACCCCAUUUACUCCAUCACGUUUACCACUUUUCCACAGGGCCGAAGUAGCGAGCCACACUUUCACACAGAAUCGCUCUGGCUUCAACCCUCGCAAGCGGGGGCCACGACAACCGUGCCACCUGUUGAUAUGAUGAAACGCCGUGACUGGCCACCGGUCGCCCGAACGGAUGCUCAUCUGCAACAUGGUUUAGUGUAGAUAACACAGCCUGAUGUUGUCCCGCAAGAUUACUAGGCACAUAAAAUGAGUUUGGCUAGACAAGCACAGCAUGUGUUCAACCUUCCACACUGGCCUUACAUCGAACAAGUCGAUACUAAUAGUAUUAUCUCGUUAUCUUCCUAUCGAGUGAUCGCGUUGCCCUCAUUCCAACCGAAUGGUAUAAUAUACAGGUAGCAGUCCAAAUUGAGCCAACCUGAAGCAAGGCACUAAGAUAAAUACCAACUGAAGGAAAUG